AUGUCUCUGCGACAAGGGUCACCAGAAAUUAGUGCUAGUGAAUCUCAGGGAAACAGUUCUGCAAUAACCACAACAAACACAACAAACACAGCUAUACAAAUGCCGGUGCAGAUUGCAGAUCUACUUGAAAAUAACACGGAGUUUCAAGACCAACAGCUUCCUACAUAUGAAGUAUCUCAACGACUACACCAACGCCGGGAAACUACACAUAGUUCUAAUCGAAGGUCCUCAUCAUCGAUAUCUUCCUCUGCACUUGGGUUUGCAUCUCAUUUCUACACACCAAUCCCCUCCUUACCCAUACCACGUACCUCAGCAAUGUUGCAACUGAACUCGUCAGACUCAUCAUUUAUAUCAUCGACCCCGAUUCCAACCCCAGUGUCUGUACCAAACACAUACGCAAAUGAAAAUACAAUAUCGUCGCAACAGAAUCUGCAGCAGAAUCUGCACCAGUAUCAGCAUCAGCAACAGCAACGACAGCAACAACAACAGCAACAGCAACAGCAUUACAGUCCAGAGCUACAUAUCACCAAUAAUCGAAGUACCAGCUCAAACAACUUAUCAUCAUUAGGCUCAAAUUCCAGAGCCAGCAAAUUACAACAAAGCUCAAUCAAAAAACUUGGCUUGAAACUCUUGAAUGCUCGUCAACACUUUCUCCUCGCCUCAUGCCGAGACAUUUCCUUAAUACCACCUUUAUUUGGCCUUUUCCAAUCCUGGAAACGAAUAUCCCAUGAAGAGGUCAACAAUAUGAUUCUCAACAACACCAGUAGCAAUCCACUUGUAACUCCAAUCCCAAAGAUUACCACGGCAAUGGGCCUCGAGCAUUUUCUUACUGGUGUAUGGUGUAUUGUUGCUGCAUAUUUAUCCUAUUCAAUUCUCGAUUCGCUUCUUGUUAGAUGGAUCGUCACAUACUCUACUUCGGCUGCCAUUGUACGCGUGCUUUCCAUGUCAACAAUCAUUAUCACAUUGGAAAUGUACUUUGUGAGUGCUUUUAGUGCCGAGGGAUACAAGUACGGUUUACACAUUUGGAUCUUGAUCAGUUGUAUUUUAACAUUGACAUACAUUGUGCAAAACUUUGUUACCCUGAACCUACAAUUGGAAAACUACACAAAUGACAAAGUUGGUAACGAUAUAAACACGUUUAGCGCGGCAGAUAUGCCACAGCAGCCAGAACUUACAAGACCAACAGCUUCAGGCUCAUCCACAUCUUUAGCAGGAACAUUGGAGCCAUCUGCAAGAAUGGCGAGUUUUACUUUUGAUGCGGAGCUAGAGCCAGAAACAGGACUAGGACCAGAGCCUCAACUUCGUUCAGCAGUCAAAAAAAAAUCGGUGAAACCAAGAAGAUUCUUUGACUUUUACAAUAUUGUUGUGUUUGCAGUUGUUCCCGUGGGACUAGCAAGUUUUAUUACCAUGAUUGGACUAUUGCGUUCCCUUCUCAUCCUUAGAAUCGAUGUUGACCAAGCGCUUGGUAUGACUACAAGCACCUAA